AUGGCGAACGAAAGUGCUCCGACAAAGAAGGUACAAGUCGUGGGGGCACCUCCGCCAGUAAAGGGCCCCGCACCGGAGCCUGAAACCGACUCCGAACAUGAGCACGAGCACGAGCACGAAGCGGAGGAGCAAGAACAUGAAGAUGUCGCUGAUGAAGAUGAGGGCAUUGACGAGUUGAUGACGGCCUUUGAGGACGACGAAACCGAUAUUGAUUUGACGCACUUGCGUCUGCACUCGACAAAGCGUUUGAAUCUCCCUCGAUUUGGGAAGACGCUGCAAAGACUAGGUCUCCGUCAAAACGAAAUCCGCACGAUGCGGGGAAAGGACCUUGGCGCCUGUCCGCAUCUGAAAGAGUUAGACCUGUAUGACAACGCCAUUGAGCACAUUAAUGGCUUGGAAAACAAUACAGAGCUUGAGGUUUUAGAUCUAUCGUUCAACAAUAUUCGUCACAUCUCUCGAAUCUCACAUCUUGGCCACUGCCAUACCCUGUAUUUCGUACAGAACAAAAUCGCUCGCAUUCGCCCCACAGACUUUCAAAGUCCCCUUUCUCUCAGCCUUCGAAGCCUGGAGUUGGGCGGAAACCGACUUCGGUCCUUGGAAAACCUGUCUCAACUGAGCAAUUUGGAAGAGCUGUGGGUCGGUAAGAACAAAAUCACGUCGUUGGAGGGAAUUCAAUCACUAAAGAAGCUCCGUAUCCUUUCUAUUCAAUCCAAUCGAUUGACCAAGCUAGAGGGCCUAGAAACGCUGGAGGCCUUGGAAGAAUUGUACCUUUCACACAAUGGUAUUCAAAAACUGGAAGGAUUAGAGCACAACACGAAUCUCACUACAUUGGACUUUGGUGCGAAUCAAGUGCAAGUGAUUGAAAACAUCAAGCAUCUGACGAAGCUGACACAGUUCUGGGCCAACGAUAACCAAAUCACGGAUAUCAAUCAGUUGGAGGAGUAUCUUGGGCCUUCGUUCAUGCCGGAACUGGAGACAGUCUAUUUGGAAGGCAAUCCAGCCCAAAAAUCGGAAGGUGCUAGCUACCGGCGCAAGGUACAGUUGCUGCUGCCUCAGAUCAAGCAGCUAGAUGCGACCUUGGUUCGGCGAUCGUAG